ACACUCUUCGCCUCCCCUCCCCACCCCAGGUUCAAGCUCACCACAGCCAGGACCCAGCGGAACCCAGGAAGCAGGGCCAGCAGCCAGCCAGCUGCCUGUGUGGUGAGGGUGCCAGUGUGCCCACAGGAGCCCUGAGGACACAGACAGCCAUGGGGCUGCUGACCGGGGAGGCACUGUGGCCCCUGGCUGUGGCCACGGCCGUCUUCCUGCUCCUGGUGGACCUGAUGCACCGGCGUGUGCACUGGGCUGCCCACUACCCGCCAGGCCCCAGGCCGCUGCCAGGGCUGGGCAACCUGCUGCACGUGGACUUCCAGGACAUGCUGCACUCUGUUAACCAGCUGCGGAGCCGCUUUGGGGACGUGUUCAGCCUGCAGCUGGCCUGGACGCCCGUGGUCGUGGUCAACGGGCUGGCGGCCGUGCGCGAGGCGCUGGUGCAACACAGCGAGGACACCGCCGACCGCCCACCCUCGCCCUGCAGCAGAGAUGGGGCCAGCGCCCACUCCCCGCUCCCAGGAGUGAUCCUCGCGCGCUAUGGGCACGCGUGGCGCGAGCAGCGGCGUUUCUCCGUGUCCACCAUGCGCGACUUCGGCCUGGGCAAGAAGUCCCUGGAGCAGUGGGUGACCGAGGAGGCCGCCUGUCUCUGCGCCGCAUUCGAGGACCAGGCCGGGCUCCCCUUCAGCCCCAACGCCCUCCUGAACAGAGCCGUGAGCAACGUGAUCUCCUCCCUCAUCUAUGGGCGCCGCUUUGAGUAUGAGGACCCGCGCUUCCUCAAGCUGAUGGACCAGAUGGAGGAAGGGUUGAAGGAGGAGUCGGGAAUCCUGCGCCAGGUGCUGGAAUCGGUCCCUGUGCUGCUGCGCAUCCCGGGGCUGGCUGCCAAGGUCUUCAAGGGGCAGAGGGCCUUCAUGGCUCUUCUGGACGAGCUGCUCGCCGAGCACAAGAUGACCCGGGACCCAGCCCAGCCACCCCGAGACCUGACUGACGCCUUCCUGGAUGAGGUGGAGAAGGCCAAGGAGGACCCCAGGAGCAGCUUCAACAGUGAGAACCUGCGCAUGGUGGUGGCUGACCUGUUCUCUGCGGGGAUGGUGACCACUUCGACCACACUGGCCUGGGCCCUCCUGCUCAUGAUCCUGCACCCGGAUGUGCAGCACCGGGUCCAAAAGGAGAUCGAUGAGACAGUAGGGCAAGCGCGGCGACCAGAGAUGGCGGACCAGGCCCGCAUGCCCUUCACCACGGCUGUGGUCCACGAGGUGCAGCGCUUUGGGGACAUCGUCCCCCUGGGCGUGCCCCACAUGACCUCCCGCGACAUUGAACUGCGGGGUUUCCUCAUCCCCAAGGGGACCACGCUCAUCACCAACCUGUCGUCAGUGCUGAAGGACGAGACCGCCUGGAAGGAGCCCUUGCGCUUCCACCCCGAGCACUUCCUGGACGCCCAGGGCCGCUUCGUCAAACAGGCUGCUUUCCUGCCCUUCUCAGCAGGUCGCCGCUCAUGCCUCGGGGAGCCCCUGGCCCGCAUGGAGCUCUUCCUCUUCUUCACCUGCCUCCUGCAGCGCUUCAGCUUCUCGGUGCCCGCUGGGCAGCCCCGCCCCAGCGACCAUGGGACCUAUGGCCUCCUGGUGGCCCCACCCCCCUACCAGCUCUGUGCUGUGCCCCGCUAGAGGGGGACACACCCCAGCCGCUCCUCAGCUGGGAGCCCUGAUGUACAAUAAACCAGCCUGGUGGCUGCAGCCUUA